AUUAACUAAUCAAUUUUUUUAAAAUUCAGAAUAGUAGCAAAUUAUAUGUUAUGGGAGAGUGUACCUCACCUGAUAAUAUUGUUGGAUGACAGAUUUAUUCUGGAAUUUAAUAGGCAUUAUGGUACACAAGUGCUGCUAUCAUCAGCAUUAAGAGAGUACGGUUGUUUUAAUGAUGUAAAUUCUCACAUGCCAUUUGCUACAGUUGAUAUUAUGUACAGAGCUUAUUUGGACAAUCAUACCGAAAAUGAUAUAGCAUUAUUAGGAAAAUAUAUUCAACAAGCAUUUAUAGAGGAACUUUCUAAGACUAGCUGGCUGAGCGAGAAGACCAGACAAUCAACUCGCAAUAAGAUUUAUGAAAUGGAGCUGACGAUUGAGUAUGCUGAUGAACAAUUUCGGGAAAAGCAACUUGAUAAUUUAUAUAAAGAUGUGGAUUUUCAAACAGGAACUUACUUUGAGAACUGUAUGAACAUUAUUAAAUAUUUAAUUGGGAAUAUGAAAAAACAGCUUCGUGAGCCUGAUGAUAAUUAUGAAGCAAAUCCUAUAAUAAUUAAUGCAUUUUAUAAUUAUGAUUUAAAUAAAAUUAUCAUUCUCAUUGGACUACUUCAGCCCCCAGUCUAUCACAAACAUUUACCAAAAUGCAUAAAUUUUGGUGGACUUGGAAACCUGAUUGGACAUGAGGCAACACAUGGAUUUACUCUAGAAGGACUUGAGUUUGACAAAAUCAUUGAAAAGAAAUGGGAGUGGGAUAUUGCCACAAUUGAAGCAUUUAAUGAAAAGGCUCAAUGUUUUAUAGAACAAUACAAAAAUUUUACUACAGAAUUGGGUAUUAACAUUGAGAAAGUAGUUUCUUUGACUGAGAAUAUUGCAGAUAGUGGAGGGAUUAAAAAAACCUUUUUGGCAUAUAAAAAUUGGUCAAAAUCACACAACAAUUCUGAUGAAACACUACCUGGAAUGAGUUAUACGCCUGGCCAAUUAUUUUUUUUGACCUUUGCACAAAUGAAGUGUGAAAGUAUAAGCCCUGAUUUAUACUCCAAAAAAUUGUUGUACAAUAAACACGCUCCAUCAAAAUACAGGAUAACUAGUACAUUACAAAACAGUGAAGAUUUUGCAAAUGAAUUCAACUGUCCCCCUGGAUCACGGAUGAAUCCAACAACAAAAUGUUCAAUCUGAUGAAUUAUAUGUUAAGCAAUGCAUUUAUAUCAUUGGAUUUUUAAAAAUAAACUAAUGAAAUGAA